AUGGAGGAUGUUUGCAGUCGAAGGCCGACAGAGGAAGCAGAAAAGCUGGACAUGGAAGAUGUGUGCAGUGCAAGGGCGACAGAGGAAGCAGCAAAGCUCGACAUGGACGAUGUCGGCAAGAAAGACGCGGCAAAGGCAGUGCAGCGCAAGCACAGUGCCGACAAAGUGGCAGAUGCCGUGAAGCAAGGAGCGAGUUCGUUUGCUGUGUGCGGCAUCCAGGUCCACCGCGGGACUCGUGGCAUUUCCAGUGCGAGAAAGAAAGAGAAGCGCAGAACUGGAAAGACUUGGAACGAGCAAAGACGGACAGAGAAGCGAAAGACGAAGAAUGACAAGCUGGUUCAGGCGGCUUUGCAGUUUGAUGCCAUAGGAAAGGCUUGGUCAGAGCUGAAGCUGCACGGGUUCGUCAAAAGUGGCAUGCGGGGUGGCAUGGCGAGCUUCCCUUGUCCCAAUUGCAACGACACGUGCGUGUGCAGUGUGGCCCUGAAUUCCAGGCAGCGGAGAAGUACAGCAGAGAGACAGAAACACGUAGAAUGGCUGCAGAAGAGUGGGAGGCAGAUGAACACCAUGUGGUUUCGCGGCACAAAGUGCGGCAAUCCCAUCUCCUGUAUCCGCUUCACACACCUGCCACAAAUGAAGUACGGCAUGCCCCUUCCGCAGAUAGUCGACUUCAUCAAAGAGUUUACAGACCGACCAGUGCCGAAUUUCCAGGACAUCUGCAAGCGCGUAGGUGUCAGCCGUUCCUCUUCGUCCAGGAGCCUCUUUCAGUUUCUCCUCCAGAAGGAGGCGUUUCUGGGAUACCGGCUCAUGCAGAAAGUCCGGCUCAGCGGCGUAGUAGAAGCAGAUGGGACGGCCCUCAAGUUGUACAAACGACGGGGCCACAACAACUUCGUUGCCUUAUGGGGGCUCGUCGAGCGGCCGCAGAACCAGCAGCCGCCGCGGAUGGUCGUGUACAUGAUGCCUGUGAAGCAAGUGGCGCACAACGCUGUGUGCCCUGUAGAAAGCAGAGCUGACGUCUUGUCCUGCAGAGGCUUAGAGCAUCUCGUCAGCCAAGAGACCGACAGCGGCAAGGUCGCCAGCUUACUUGUGACGGACGGCGCCCAGCUGUAUGAGCGGCUUGCCAAGGAGCAUAGCCUCAAGCAUCGGUACGUUGUCCACUCCAAGGGUCAGUUUGCCAAGAAGCAGCGCAUCAGUGGCCGAGGCACGAUCAAUGUAAACACUGGUUUGAUAGACCAGCGGUGGUCUGGCAUCAAACAAUACAUCCCAAAGAGCUUGAACGGUAGCAGCAAGGAAGCCAAGACGCCUACUUUUUGCCCGCACCUGUGGGCGUACUUGUACAGUUGGUGGCUGAGAACACAUUUCCCGAGCGCAAAGCGCCGCAGGGAACUGCUUGCUCAGGCCGAAGAAGACUUAGCACGAGAUGACCUACACUUUCUCAGCCACGCGCUGCAGGAGACACCAAGCCAAGAGAACAUUCUGGACAGCCCAUGGACAAAGAAGUACAAGAGGUGGCACGUCGCACAGACCUCCGGAAUCACGAAGCUUCAGAAGAAGGCUGCGUGGAAUCCACAUGUGCUCCUGAGUAGCGCAGCGAGUAGUAGCACAAGUGGUCCUAGCGUGCCAUGCGAAGACCGCGUGGAAGACUCUGGUGAAUGUGAUGAUUUCAUCGAAGACUUCAGCCCCGAAGUUGAGGCAGACUCCUCAAACAUGAAUGAGAUACCGCCAGAAGUAGAAGAGCAGCUACAGCAGGAGCGAGGUUUGAUAAAGUAUAGCGUGCCUGCUGUUGCAGAUCGACAGCGGCGCUUCAAAUGGGGCGGCUGUCCGCGCCACACAAAGUGGAGCCUUCAAGUCCAUGUCGUGCGCUCCGGCCCCUCAAAGGGAGCCAUAUUGCUGCGAUGCAGCGGCUUCUGGAAGCGGGGACGAGACCAGAAGCGGUUGUGCUUUUGGAACUGGCCCUUCCCCAUGGGAUUGUACAGCACCUUGCCAGCUAACAUUAAGGAGCAGUACGAAGACCUGAACAUGGCACUUGCACGCGGAGCCAGAUGA